CGGAAGUCGGUUCAGCAGGUUCAUAUCUGACAGCAAUAUUUUUACAAGUACAUGUUACACUUAACGGCAUAAUGUUUGAUGGUAAUUGACUAUUUGGGAGAUAUGUGAUUGAGUACAUGAGUAAUGCAACAGGAUGUAACUGUAUGGACAGUAGACACAUGUAUACUAUGUCUUCAUGUGUAGACUGAUUCAUUAUGAGGUUCAACAGUAAAGAACUGGCCUUCCUUGCCCAUCAGCCAUCAUCCCGCUUUGCAAAGGAAGGUGUUCUUUGGAUGAAGGACAAACAUGAUGGAAUUUUUAAAAAAGGAGAAGUGAAUGUGGAACGUUUCUUUCGUUUGAGAGGAAAUCUCUUGUUUUAUUUCAAGAAUAAAGAACUUAAGGGGGAUCCCCUAGGUGUGCUGAUUUUGGAGCGUUGUACUAUAGAACUGUCUGCUGGAGCUGAGACUGGAGACCUUUUUGGAUUUAUUAUUGUGUAUGAAGGCGAUGACCACACUUACCAGUUUGCUACAGAGACGGAGGAGGAACGAGACUCUUGGAUACAGUGUCUCCACAUUGCCAGUUAUGAAUGCCUCAAAAUGCAAUUACAGAGUUUACGUGAGCAGAUUCAGGCCAGGACUGGCCGAGACCCGAUCUCGCAGCCACCUCCAACGGACACAGGAAUGGAAUAUGAAACACAAUCUGGAAACACAGAUGAUGAUCCGGCCAUGGAGUUGUGUAUAAGUUGUGAAGACCUACAGUGUGACAGUAGUGGGAAGGCCCCUAAUCCCCUGGUUGUGCUCUAUACCAUAAUACCUCCACAACAGAACUGGAUACAACACAAUCACACAGAGGUUGUAGAGAAAAGCAGAAGUCCACAGUUUUUGAAGACAAUUGGUUUUGGCAACAUGAAUGGAGUGGACACCUGUACUAGAGUUAAGCUAACAGUGUUUCAUGUUAAGGAGAGGAUGACUGGCACAAUGUCCUUGCUUGGUCAGGUGAUCUUUACACUCCAGGAUUUACUGAUGUCACCAGAUAUGAGGCUUCAACUGGAGUUACAAGGUCCAGAUCCUGUGAUGAAUGGCUACGUAACUGUGAUGUCAUGGAUAAACGAUGGCAACUUGUCCAUCCAGGAUUCCCAAAAUAGGGUAAGCACUGGUGAUGAGAAGCAUAGACUGAUAGCACUACGUCGCCGUUCAAAGCGAAUUGACACAUUACGCCCGAUGUAUAACAAUAUCACUACUCGAACAUUUCGGUUUGACACGACGGAUGGAAGUGUGAAACUCUUAGUUCAUGAGUACAUGGGAGAGAGCAAGCUGUCAUUUGACAUUCCCUGUCAAUUGCUGAGGUUAUGGGUUGAUGAGGAGAAGGCAAAAAUUACUCAGCUUCAGGAACUUGGGCAGCUGUCAAGGAAGUGGCAGAGUAACAGACAGGAAGUGUUGGACAUGUCAGCUCGCACAGAAUCUUACUACUCCCGUCACCUGGUAACACUGUCCUCACACACAGGACCCCAUUUUAAACAAAGUGUGAAGAAGGGAGAUAAAGACCUAGAAUUUGUACCUGUCAACCUACAUUUACAACGGAUGACUGUCAUCAAUGAAGCCCACAAUAGUACUGGAUGGUAUGACAUCAUCACUGUUGGAGCUUUUACUGCAUAUCCACAUAAAUAUAAACAUGGAGGUCUACGUAGAAUGCUGCAACAACAACAUGACCUUCUAUCUGCUGACGCAACCUUGAGCCGCACCACAAAAAUACAGCGAUCAUGUGACUUGGUGAAUUCUGUGGUAGAUCUAAAAACUGUGAUAGGACAGUAUUGUGAUAAAUUAUGUCAUGUCGCCAUGGCAGGGACAGCGGAGGAGCUGAACAUCAUCAUGGAGAUGGUAUCUGACAAGGUGCGUGAUCUAGUCCAGAUUUGUGAUAGCAGUCUACUCCAAGAGGCUGCCGACAAUUACAAUGAGGCUAAGAUGGAGACAUCGCCUCCCCACCAGGAUGCCCCUUCUCCUGACUCUCAGAACUCUAGUCCUGGGGACCUUACCCCUGAGAAGGCCUGGAAAUGGACUGGAAGCAACUUUGUACAAAGUCCUACAGCUGAACCAUGGGAAAUGACACGUGUCAAUACUGAGGCUGCCCUGGUGUGUCUGAGCUCUAUGGUUGAGGAACUCAUCACUAACAAGGCAGGGCCUAUGGACCGUCCUAAAUGGCUGGGAGAAAUCAGUCCUGGGGUCAUUAAAUUAAAAAGCUUCAUAGAGCUUGUUAGUCAAAGAGUGAAACUCUUCAUGUCUUUUCUUAACCUCAGGGAAAAUCAAGGACAUGUACAGUUAAUGCAUAUGGUUAAAUAUAGACGGGAUGUAUGUUUCUCCCACGCUCUGACAUCGCUAGUGGCAGGCUUUACCAUUAAACUAGCAACCUGUGAUAAUGAUAAGCUGUACUUCAAACAACUUCUCAAUGUUGGAGUAUUUGCGGAGUUUGAGGGUCUCCUUAGUUGCUAUGGUGAUGAGAUGGGCAUGCUUGAAGAUAUGACAGUUGCAUUGGAAGAUCUCAGUCAUGUGACUUUCCAUUUUUUCCUUCAAACAGAAUACGAACAAUCACCAGUCAUAUCAUCAGACAGUCACCUUAUAUCUGGCAUGUAUGCAGACUUUAAUAGACGUCGGAUUAGAGUAGAGGUUCCUUUACCUGAAGUUGUGUUUAAGAAACUUCCCGAAUUAUUGGCUCAAGGGGAGGCAAUCCAUGUUACCCCAGUACUGUUUAAUGUAGGAAUCAAUGAACAGGCAUCGCUGGCUGAAAGGUUUGGUGACACAACUGGUUUGGAUGAGGUGUUUAGUUACAAGGUGUUAUACCUGGCCAUGUUAGGAGAUCAAGAUAACAGAGGAGGAAGUGGGUCCUUGACAGAUUUGUGUACUAAACUACACUACAAUGUUAACACUAAGAAAAACAAGAAUACUGAGAUUCUCAGCCUUGCUGCUGAGAUUUGUAGAAAGCUGCGAGGAAUUCGAUUCACCAGCUGUAAAAGUGCCAAGGACCGGACAGCCAUGUCUGUUACGUUAGAACAAGUAAAGAACCUCCAGCAGGAACACGACCUUGCCUCCCAUGUGUUUUCACAGGCUCUCGACUGUUUCAGAAGUGAGGGAGUAAGAAGGGAGAACACAUACAAGAACGUUGGUGUAAAGAAAUAUGCAUUCAAUGCUUUACAGCUCAUGUACUUCCCAAAACAAUACCGACCACCAAAUGGUACAUAUGGCAAUGUACAAGGGUAAAUCUGUUGUUAUGGUUACAACACCGACAAAGGAUUAUAGUAGUAAUGACUCCUGGACCAGUGACACUGAAUUUGGCCAUUUAUUUUUGUAUUAAUUCUACAUAUGUUCACUGUGUGAUAUUUCAGCACUUCAUCUUGCUUAAUUCUGUCCAUCUAUGUUACUGUAAUGAUGUGCCAUUAAAGAGAAAUUCAUGUAAUAUUUCAAAAGCUAUGAUUUUUUUCAAUAAAUUGCAAACCAUUAAUAAGUAUUCCUAUACAUGUCUGUAAAAACCAGUUUUUGAUAUCAACUGUUAUCGUGUUGAGAAGAUGGUUGUCAUUCUUUCUUUGUCUUACACCUCUGUGUUAUUGUUAGUGUAUUGACUUCAUGUCUCUUUGUGUAAAGCAUCUAGCAUGUAAUAUGGUGUACCAGUUAAUUGAAAAACUGUCAGUUAUAAGCACUAUAAAUGCCAUCACAAGACAUUUCAUUGCUUUUAUCUAUAUUACAUACCCAUAUUAUCUUUAUUCUUUUUUUCAAUAUUUUAUUCCUAAUUGACAGUGUAAUCUUAAAUCAAACAACCGUUUUGACAGUAAACUAACUUAAUUCAAACAACCGUUUUGACAGUAAACUAACUUAAUUCAAACAACCGUUUUGACAGUAAACUAACUUAAUUCAAACAACCGUUUUGACAGUAAACUAACUUAAUUCAAACAACCGUUUUGACAGUAAACUAACUUAAAUCAAAACACCCUUUUGACAGUAAACUAACUGAAUUCAAACAACCGUUUUGACAGUAAAUUAACUUAAUUCAAACAACUGUUUUGACAGUAAACUAACUUAAUUCAAACAACCGUUUUGACAGUAAACUAACUUAAUUCAAACAACCGUUUUGACAGUAAACUAACUUAAUUCAAACAACCGUUUUGACAGUAAACUAACUUAAUUCAAACAACCGUUUUGACAGUAAACUAACUUAAUUCAAACAACGGUUUUGACAGUAAACUAACUUAAUUCAAACAACCGUUUUGACAGUAAACUAACUUAAUUCAAACAACCGUUUUGACAGUAAACUAACUUAAUUCAAACAACUAUUUAGACAGUGAACUUUCUUAAUUAAAGCAGCCAUUUUGACUGUGAACUGACACCAUUUCUAUGUCCACGUAUAAAAUUAACAUCAUGGUCAUACUCUGGGUGUCUUUAAAGAUGUCAUAAAUAAGACUUCACUCUGGUUAGUUUAUACAGUGAUGUUGCUGUGAAGAUGUUUAAAUUGGAUAUUUAUAUCCAUUUAACAAGCACCAUGAUAUUAAUGCAUCAAUUGGCCAGGUGGAAAUUCUUUACCUUUUUAUUUACUCCUUAUCCUCAAAUACUAAUCUCGAUUUAAUAUCUAUAAGCAUAAUUGUGUUUCUAUCUAAUGUUCAAAGCUAUUUUUGUGGAUUCAUUAUAUUGUGUUAAGGUACCUGUUCACAAAUGUAGAGUUUGGAUAGGAAAUAAUGUUGCUAGGUAACUAUAGAAAAAGAAAUUGAUUUUCAGCAAAUCAAAGGCUCAAGCUACAGUCAUUAUUAAUAUUGCCAGCAAUGUUACCAUGGUGAUUUUGCUGAUUUACCUUGAUAUUACUUUUAAAUGUUGUGCUGAUGUUAAUUACAACAAUUAAUACAUUGAUCUUUUUCAGUAGAGAUGGCAAUAUGUGUUUUUAAAUUUUACAAGAAAUAAAUGUGUUUCCCAUGAACAAGUAGACAUUGCCAAGUACUACACAUCAGUGUGUUAUAGACGAUGGAAGUGGAAAGUGCAAAGUUGUGACAGGUGAACAAAUUGGAACUAUUCUUCAUUGUAACAUGAGGACCAUAUUGCCUGUAUUACUCUUUGUUAUGCCACACUGGAACUCUCUCGUCUCUACAUUUGACUGAUCUGGUUAAACCUGUGGUUAUAACCUGUAUUAAGUUGUCUUCUGUUGAAUGAUAACGUAUAAUAAUAAAAUGUCAAAUCAUAUUAA